UGACAUUCAUAGGGUGAGAUUUAAAACUUUUUUAUCAGCAUAUAUUUUAUUUUCAACAAAUUUGGGGAUCCCUUGCCACCGGAAGUUUAUGUCGCCAUGUUGAAUGCUUCUGGAAGCGAGUUGGACUAAGCAAUAGAAAUGAAGCUGAAACGGUUUCUUCUGCGAUAUUACCCUCCGGGUAUUAUCCUUGAGUAUGAGCAAGGAGGCAUACUCAAGACAAAGUCUAUAGAUCUACUAGACCUUUCACCUACGACAGAGAUUGAUAAAGUAGUUGAAGAAAUCACGGAGAAGGAGCCACUCAUAACUCCGUCCAAAGUGGAUCAAGUGAAGAAACUCAUUGUCCGACUUCAAGAGAAGAUUGCUCAACGAGACGAUCAUCAUUUUUAUCUCUUCAAGGUGCUGAGAGCUCACAUCCUCCCUCUGACUAACGUGGCCUUCAACAAGUCGGGCUCAAGUUUCAUCACGGGCAGCUAUGACAGAACUUGCAAGGUGUGGGACACGAGCUCGGGCGAGGAAGUUCACACGCUGGACGGUCACCGUAAUGUUGUCUACGCCAUAUCCUUCAAUAAUCCUUACGGGGACAAGAUUGUGACGGGUUCCUUUGACAAGACAUGUCGUAUCUGGAGUUUUGACAGCGGCAAGUGUUACAAUGUCUACAAGGGCCACACAGCUGAAAUUGUGUGUGUGAGCUUCAACCCUCAGAGCACGCUGAUUGCCACAGGCUCCAUGGACACCACAUGCCGUUUGUGGGAUGUGGAGAAGGGCACGGAAGUGGCCACUUUCCAGGGCCACACAGGGGAGAUUAUCUCUCUGUCCUUCAGCUCGACGGGUACGGAGGUGAUCACCGCCUCGUUUGACCACACGGUGUCUCUGUGGGACGUGCGAUCAAACAAACGUAUCCACACCCUGAUUGGUCACAAAGCAGAGAUCAGCAGCGCCCAGUUCAACUUUGACUGCUCCCUCAUCGCCACAGGGUCUAUGGACAACACCUGCAAGCUGUGGGACCGAGCGUCUGGACGCUGCAUCUCCACGUUGCGUGGCCACUCGGACGAGAUCCUGGACGUUGGCUUUGACUGCAUCGGUCAGCGGGUGAUCACGGCUUCGGCCGACAACACCGCCAUCUGUUACAGCGCGGUGACCAAUCAGCAGCUUUCCAAGUUUGUCGGCCACGAGGGAGAGAUAUCCAAGAUCACGUUCAACCCACAAGGCACUCUGGUCAUGACCGCCAGCGCCGACAAAACGGCCCGACUCUGGGACCCGGAGACCGGCAACUGUCGGCAAAUUCUGGAGGGCCACACGGACGAGAUCUUCAGCUGUGCUUUCAACUACGAGGGCAACACAAUUAUUACAGGAAGCAAAGACAACACAUGUCGAGUAUGGAGGUGAGAGGGACUCCCGACGGAGGGGAAGCUAGACCAAUGUGUGUGUGUGUGCAAUGGUGGGUCAGAUGGAGACAGUAUUAGCGACAGUCCUGGAGAAAACAGAGCUUUUGGCCGGACACUACAACAGGAAGAACUUUAUUUGUGGCCGAAUAUGUGUCUUCUGGCCACGUGAAACUUUAAAUAAGUUGUCAUUUUUUGUUUGAUUUUUUAUUUUACCCACAAUCCUGGGAUAAUACAAGACUUGAUGUCUUCUCGUGAA